GUAUGGUAACAAGCAAUAGCAGCCGGUAGCAGGUAACAGUCAGCACGUCAGCCGUGUAGCUGUAGCGGUCCGAGUAGAAAGCAUCGAAGAUUCAAAAGCGACUUGCAAGUCUGUGAAUAUUAAAUAGUAGUCGAAAUGUCUCUGAUACCGUUGCUGUUCUCCGACUGGUGGGAGGAUUUGGAUCGUCCUCAUCGACUUCUCGAUCAGAACUUCGGCUUAGGACUGCGUCCCGAGCAACUGCUGAACCAGAACAUCAUGGAUCACUACAUUUUGCCUCUCCGGGAGAGAAGAACGAGUAGAAAUCCGCUGAUCUACUACAGACCGUGGGGUGAACUUCUGCGAAAUGAAGGAGGAGGCGGUACAUCCACCGUCAAAGCGGACAAGGACAAGUUCCAAGUUGUCCUGGACGUUCAGCAAUUCAAACCCGACGAGAUCAACGUGAAAGUUGUGGACAGAUCUGUCGUGGUCGAGGCUAAACACGAGGAGAAACAGGACGAACACGGAUGGAUAUCUCGCCAGUUCACCAGAAGAUACAUAAUACCUGAACAAUGCAACAUCGACGAGCUCACGUCGAGCCUGUCCUCCGAUGGCGUACUUAGCAUCACCGCGCCUAGAAAGGACAUGCCGAAGACCCAGUCCGAGAGAUCAAUCUCGAUCGAGCGGACUGGAAAGCCGGCACUGAGAGAGAACCAACAGGAGACGAAAGAAGAGGCGAAAGCGGAGACGAAAGAAGAGGCGAAAGCGGAGAAGAAAGAAGAGAAGAAAGAAGAAAAGUAAUUAUUUGUUAAAUAUGCCCGUUACAAGUUCUAACCUAUAUUGUAAUCUGUGUGUUUCUAUUUCUCAUACGAGCUUCGUUUACUUUCACGUUAAAUAAGUCCACAUUGUUGAAAAUAUUUAUACAUGUUACAUUGCAUUGUAAAAUAUGCUUUUUUUAAGUUCUACUUUUAAGAAAUUUUGUAAUAAAUACUUUAGACAAUAAAACCGACGUUCUUUUUAUCGUGA